CCAAUUUUCCACGACGGCACCAAGGAGUGGAUGUGCUGCCACAAGCGAAGCCACGAUUUCUCGCUCUUCCUCUCCAUCCCAGGCUGCAAGCAAGGCAAGCACACCACUGAGAAGCCAAAACCAAUCUCCCCUGCAGCACCAGCACCAGCACCACCAAUGCCAUCCCCUGUUCGAGCAGCAGGAGUGACAGCAGAGGCAGCAACCGCGGCAACAGAAGCAUCGCCAGCAGCAGUAGCAUCGUCGCAGCAGCAGGCAGCGUGCAAUAGAUGCUCUCAGGGCUUCUUUUGCUCUGAUCACAGUGCACGGCAAG